GAUAAUGAGGCGGAUGGGUCCUGGUGGGUCCUACGUUUCCCUCAGUGGAGCAAAUCCUUCUCUCACUGCAAGCUGCAUUGUCAAGCAAAGCGACCCCAAAAUAUCCCAAAUUCUCCCAUCCCUCUUUAAAUAAAACAAACAAAGAAAAAGAAAAAGAAAAGAACACACCGCGCAGCAUCAUCACCAUCAUCACCUAUCUCUCUCUCUUUCCUUCCAAUCUCACCUACCCCAUAUGCACAGCAUCCUCCUUCAACAGUAAGUCUCUUUUCUUCUUCUUCUUUCUCUCUUGUCUUAGCCUAGACUUCUUGAUUUUUCGAUUUCUUGAAGAACCUGUAUCUGCAAAAGUUCAUAUAUGCACAGCUUCAUCCUUCGACAGUAAUUGUCCUUCUUUUUUUUUUUUACCUUCUUCUUUCUCCCUGUUAGUAGUCUAGAUUUCUUGAUUUUUGUGUCUGUUGAAGAACCCAUAUCAGCAAAAAUUCAUACAGACAAGGAGAUCCUGGAUGCACACUCCUUCAGUAGUAAAUCUCUUAUUCCUUCUUCUUUCCUUAUGUUCUUAGUCUAGAUUUCUUGAUUUUUGUCUUUGUUGAAGAACCCAUAACAGAAAAAAAUUCAUAUAGACAAGGAGAUCCUAGAUGUACAGACGACUCCUUCAUCAGUAAGUCUCGUACUUGGUCUAGAUUUCUUGAUUUUUGUGUUUGUUGAAGAACCCAUAUCAGCAACGGUUCAUAUAGAAAGAGAAAGAGGGUUUUCACUUGAAUUCCUAUGGAUUCCUUCAAUGAAGCAUCUCGGUUCUGUUACAACCCCAACUCCGAAACAAUGGCAGAUGCAGAUGGAGAUGGAUUCUCGGGCCUUCUCGACAUCUACGUCCACCAUGCCCGAAACAUAAACAACAUCUGCAUCUAUGAGAACCAAGAUGUGUAUGCCAAGUUCUCCCUUACCUGCAACCCUGAUGAGGCACUCUCAACCCGGAUCGUGAAUGGCGGUGGCAAGAACCCCGAGUUCAACGAGAACCUCAGGAUCAAGAUAACCCAGAUUGACGCCGUCCUCAAAUGCGAGAUUUGGAUGCUUAGUAGGGCUAGGAAUUAUUUGGAGGAUCAGCUAUUGGGGUUUACUUUGGUACCACUGUCGUCGGUGGCAGGGAAGGGCAAGAUGACCCAAGAUUUCACGCUCUCUUCAACCGAUCUCUUCCAUUCGCCCGCCGGGACUGUCCAGCUAACCCUGUCCCUCAACCCGUCGCCCAAGACCUUCUCCGAUCCAGUUAAUUCUUCCAUCAGCUCGGAGGUCGUGCUGCUGGAUCGCAAGCCGUCGGAUGCUGUGGACCCAGACGAGUAUGAGAGGUUAGAAUUUCCCGACAUCAGCAUUGUGAGGGAGAACCAGCAGAUGGUCUCUGAGUAUUUCGACAUGGCAGGGCACAGCUCCACCUAUAGGCACGCGCUGGUGGGGCCUGCACAAUUCCUCCAUCUUGGAGCUUCUUCGCAUUCUGUCGAUGACUAUGACAUGACCACAAACUCUCCAAACGGCAGCAACCAGAAUUCUGGGGUCUUCAGCUCCACUACUACAAGCCUAAGUGAUGACAGAAUCUCGAUCGACUCAAAGAAUCAUGCAGCCGGAGAAUCUUCAAAUUCUCAAGCAGCAUCAAUUUCUGCUGAGGCCCACCAGAGCUCUGGGACCUCCCCUGACACCCCAACUUCGAAGAAUGGGAGCACUGCAAGGGACAAUAAGGAGUCUGAAUUCUCAAGCAAGGAAGAGGAGAGUGCCAAAGAAGGUAGUCUUGGUUCGGUCGAAUUGGGUCCGGUGUUUACAGCCCCACUAGGGAAUAUCAACAUGGAGGCUGAGCAGACUGCAAUGCAGCAGCAAAUAGUUGAUAUGUAUAUGCGAAGCAUGCAGCAGUUUACAGAGUCAUUGGCGAAGAUGAAGCUCCCAAUGGAUCUUGAUAAACCGGAAUCUGAUAAUGGCGGAGACGUUAUUCAGAUCCAUAACAAGAAGUUGGAGCCGGAGAAGAAGAAGGAUGGGUCAAGGGUAUUUUAUGGUAGCCGUGCUUUUUUCUGACUAUCAAUGCCACAAAAUUCACAGAGCCUGUGGCAGUGGUGGGGCUGAAGCUCAGUAGUCUACAAUAACUUGGCUGUACUUUGGUAGAUGGUGAGUAUAUUUAUAUCAGGAGAAAUGCUAGCAUGCAGCUUGCAUCAUAGGAAUCCAAAUCCAGCUUCCUCAGGGUGCACUUCGCAAGUUCGUUUCAUGAGUGGGACAAUUCACCAGCUGGGCCACUAUGUGGAUGGCCUAUAGUUUUGUUGGUUGAAUCCGGACCAUUGUUCCGAUUGUUACUUUUGCAGGCCACUCCGAUCAGAUGGCUACCAGAGUCUGAUUUUCUUUUUUUGGCGUGGAUGCCCACAAAAUCAACAAUGCCGAGCACUGGGUGUGUUCUUCAUUAUACCAUGAGGAAAGCUCUACGUACCACUUCCAUGACGCAAGCUGCAUGUUAACAUCUCUCAUAUAACAUAGAUUUUUCAAACACAGCAUAUUUAACUUCUUCCUUCGAUGGCUGUGGUAAUUUAUCUCCUUGCAUCCGUGGUUCAAAGCAAUGGAGUUGUAUGUUUUUUUACUUUGUUAUGUGUUUGGUUGCUGUAGCUGCCUCCUUCACUCUCAAAUGUUCAGAUCUCUGGUGGUAUGUUCUGUCGUAACUGUUUGUAGUUGUAGUUAGCUCUGCAACUUGUAUGUUUUCAGAUAUUUAAUAAUCUGUUUCUUCUUUGUAACUGUUUCUAAUUGUACUCAGAAGGUUUCUUCUCGUAAUACCCUCUGCAAAUGAUUUAUGUCAAUUAUCUAUGUUGUGGCAGUAAUGUUAA